GGUUCGGGAGCGCGCGCUGACGACGGCCCGGGGACGCGCGCUUUGUUUUGAAGUUGACGGCGGCCGGUUGUCCGGGCGACGGUUGUUGAUCCGCCAUCCCACCCGCCAGCCCCAGCACUCGCCGGCCACACACGCCGGGGCGCGGCAGCAUGUUCUCGGGCUCCAGGACGUCGUCGCCGGGCUCGGCCACCGCGGCCGGGCCCUGCGCGGAGCGGCAGACCGACAUGGCGGCGUGCGAGGGUAACGAGAAGGAGCUGCAGGACGGUAUGCAGGAGGGCAAGGACCAAAUCAAGGAGCUGAACGAGCGCUUCGCCAAGUACAUCAACAACACGGUGCUGAGCCUGCAGCGCAAGAACAAGGAGCUGCUGGCCGAGGUGAAGAAGCUGGAGAAGGAGGAGUUCAACGCGGCCGAGAAGGCGUACCAGAAGGACUACCAGGACUUCCAGUCCCGGGUGGAUGAAAUCCAAAACGAGCUGGUGCUGUUGAAGCUGGAGAAGGACAAGCUCAAGUCGCGGCUGGAGAAGGAGUGCCUGCUGAAGCGCGAGUUUGACCGCGACUUCCAGGACCUGAAGAAGCGGCUGGAGGAAGCGGGCGGCGGCCUGGAGCGGCUGCAGUGUCAGUUCAAGCUGUUGGAGGCUCAGCUGGCGCAGCUGCGGCUGGUGCGGGACCAGGAGCGCAUCUACUGGCAGCAGAAGCUGGACAACCUGCAGAACUCGGAGCAGGCGGACAACGGCUCGCUCGACCUGGAGCAGGCGCUGCGCAACAUGCGGCAGGAGUACGAGCAGAUGGCGCGGCGCAACAAGGAGGAGCUGGCCCGCUACCGGCACAAGUUCGAGGAGAACAGCGUGCCGCUGCAGCGCAUCAAGAAGGAGACCGAGUGCUACCGCAACGCUGUCACCGACCUGCGGCUCCGCGACGAGAUGCACAAGAACCACCUGCAGGAGAAGGAGCGGGAGAUCGGCCGCAUCCGCGACUACAACAAGGCGCUGGAGAAGAAGCUAGAGACGCACACGGCCGAUUUCCAGACGCUGCUCGGCGUCAAGAACGCGCUGGAGCAGGAGCUUUCCGGCUACAAGAGUCUUCUCAACCAGGUGGAGAAGAAGUCGCGGGACUACUCCAACGCCGCCUGCAUCACCAGCGGUUCGCAGCCCGCCAAGGCGGCCGAGGACAAUAACAAGAUGUGGUGCUAGUGCACCGGCCGUCCGGGCAGGGGACAGUACCCCCGUUCCGGGGCACCCCUGCCUAGCCCAAGAUACCCCAGCCCAGCCCGGGGCAAUCCUGCCCACCCCUGCCGGGAUACCUUGUCCCCUCCCCGGGGUACACCUGCCCUGUCCUCUCCACCCCAGCACGAAGCACCCCUGUCCAACCCGAGAUACGCCU